CAGUUAUCAUUACAUAAGAAGUAUCCAAAGAGAAUGUAGUUACUUCUGUUAAAGUACUGGACUUCGCGCGUUGCUUAUAAGUCGAUAUUACAAAUAACGCAUUAGCAAUCAGCUAUUACAAUCGGUAGCUGCUAAUACUCAAUAUCGAUAUGUUUCAUUUCCCGGGACCAACGUUACCUAACACCAAUAAUCCCCCGAGACUAAUAUUACUUAACACCAAUAACUUCCCGAGACUAAUGUUACUUAACGACUAUAAUUUGCCGAGACCAAUGUUACCUAACAACGAUAAUUUCCCGAGACAAAUGGUACCUAACAUCCAUAAUGUCCCAAAACCAAUGUUACCUAACAUCCAUAAUGUUCCGAGACCAAUGAUACCUAACAUCCAUAAUAUCCCGAGACUAACGUCACCUGACACCCAUAAUAUCCCGGGACCAGUGUUAUCUAAAAGCGAUGAAUUCCCGAGACCAGUGUUAUCGAAAAACUAUGAUUUCUUCAACCCAAAUAUUUGUCACGUUUGCAAGAUGCCAUGGUCAUUUGGUGAGGAUUUUCAAACCUGUUAUCAGUGCCACAUGAUUUCUUACUGUAGCGAGACUCACAGAAUAACGAACAAGAAGUGUCAUAUGCAAAUUUGUAUAGCUUUCCAAAAAAUUUUAUGGAGUUACCCACAUCUUUGGUCCACAUGUGGAAUAAACUUGGAGCAAUGGGUCCAGACGAGAAAAGACUUAAUGCAUUUAGUCAAGCUGGAGUUGCAGCGUGAUCUAAAACCAUAUGAAGUGCAAAUGAUCACAUUAGCAAAAUCAUGCAUUAUUUGUUAUCGACAGAUUAAACUCACAGGUUAUUGCCGGGAGUGUAAUUCCUGUAACUAUUGCAGUGAGCAUCAAAACCUUUUCCGUCAUUUUUUUAAUUGUGACAAGUUGAAAUUAUGCCUCUGGACAAAUACGGACAUAAGUUUGUAUCCAAUAGUGAUGGACAGAUUCACAGAGUUUCCCAAUAAUGACCAACCUGUUGAUAAUAUGGAUGCAUUUGUUGAUGAAUUUGUGUAUUCGAAAUACGAGGUGGAUGAAACUUCCUCUGUCUGACGUAAAAUUCCUUGAUGUGGAUUACUUACCAGCUUGGGAACUUCUUCUACAUCUUUUACCUAACGUAACGACAUUGACAAUUAUAUUCAUAGGAUCAAUAUUAUGUAACGAAAGUGGAAAUGUCACGCUUUGUACUUUAAGAUGCGUCCG